AUGCAAGUGAAUGAAAAUUUGCAGACUACUACCGAGGAAGAUAAAUAGAAACUAAUAAGCUUACAACUUUUAUCCCCGCGUUUUAUUCAUUGAACUGUGUUCAUGUUUAUUCAGGGAAUUGAGAUUAGAAACAUAGGGGGCCGGCUGUGAGUCUGAUGAUCAGAAAAAGAAGCGGCAUUAACCGCCGCGGGCGAUCGAGUAUAUGGCAAAAAUGCUGCAACUUUCGAACUCUCAAACAGAUCCACGCUUACAUGAUCGUCAAUGGCUUCAACUCAAACGUUCGAUACAUCAGAGAGCUCAUUUUCACAAGUGCCAUGGAAUUUGUGAGCACCAUAGAGUAUGCCCACCAUGUGUUUGCUCAUAUCGAUGAACCAGAUAUUUUCAUGUGGAACACCAUGAUCAGAGCCUCUGCUCAAAGCUCAAAUCCCGUGAAGGCAAUUGCUCUGUACGCCCAAAUGGAUAAUCAAAGUAUAAAGCCCGAUAGCUUCACUUUCCCUUUCGUGCUCAAGGCUUGCACAAAGCUUUUGUGGGUUAAGACGGGUACAGCAGUUCAUGGUAGGGUUGUGAAAUUCGGGUUCCUGUCAAAUCCAUCGGUACGAAAUACUCUUAUAUUCUUUCACGCUAAUUGUGGGGACUUGAAGAUUGCGAACGCACUUUUUGAUGAUCACGCGAAGACGGACGUAGUCCCCUGGUCAGCACUAAGCACGGCAUAUGCCAAGCGAGGGGAUCUGAGUCUCGCUCGUCAACUAUUUGAUGAAAUGCCCGUGAGAGAUUUAGUUUCUUGGAACGUAAUGAUAACUGCGUAUGCUAAGCAAGGGGAGAUGGAGAGCGCGAAAAAGCUGUUUGACGAAGUUCCAAAGAGAGACGUGGUAACUUGGAACGCAAUGAUCGCAGGUUACGUGCUUUGUGGCUCGCAUGAGCAGGCAAUGGAAUUGUUCGAGGAGAUGAGAAAAGUUGGGGAGCGCCCAGAUGAAGUGACAAUGUUGAGCCUGCUAUCUGCUUGUGCCGAACUUGGAGAUUUGGACAUCGGACAAAAUACACAUAGCUACAUCCGGGAAAUGUUUUCAGAAGACUUGAGCACAUUACUUGGGAAUGCACUCAUUGAUAUGUAUUCCAAGUGUGGAAGCAUCGAAAAGGCGCUUGAAGUGUUCAGAGGAAUGAGAGACAAAGAUGUGACCUCGUGGAACUCAGUCAUAGGAGGCUUAGCUUUCAAUGGCCAUGCUGAGGAAACAAUUGAUAUGUACAGGGAGAUGAAGAGGACCACAAUCAGACCAAACGAGAUCACCUUUGUGGGAGUCUUGGCAGCUUGCAGCCAUGCUGGUAAAGUUGACGAGGGUUAUCGAUAUUUUGACCAUAUGAGGAGUGAGCGUAAAAUUGAGCCCAACAUCAAGCAUUAUGGUUGUAUGGUAGACAUGCUGGCGCGUGCUGGACUAUUGAAGGAAGCGUUUGAUUUCAUAGAAUCAAUGAACAUUGAACCUAAUGCGGUAAUAUGGAGGACUCUGCUUGGAGCUUGCAGAGUUCAUGGACAUGUGGAGUUGGCAAAACUGGCGAACGAAAAGCUUCUUGGAAUGAGAAAGGACGAGAGUGGUGACUAUGUAUUGUUGUCUAAUGUAUAUGCCUCAAGAGGUGAGUGGGUUGGGGCAGAAAAAGUAAGGAAGUUGAUGGAUGAGGGUGGCGUAAAGAAGAAUCCUGGGUAUAGUGUAGUUGAAGCAGAUGACAGGGCACUGAUGCAUUAUUUGUUUGAUUCAAAACCUAAGUCGAGGUCAAGAAGCCAAACAUAGCUUCGAAAUUGGCUAUAAGACGCCAUCCAAUCCCAUUUUCUACUAGGUUCAUAUAUAUUUUCCUGAAUAUGAUCUAAUCCAUAGAAUCAUGUGA